AUGCAUUCUCUUUAUCACUACCAACAUACUUUGAUAAAUGGCUUGCUUUCAGCAGCUUCAUGUAAAUCUGAUGAAUAUUUGUGUCAAAUUGACAAUUUUUGUUUACCUCGAAGCGUCAUUUGUAAUGGCAAACGUGAUUGCACGGACGUGGCUGAUGAAGCAAACUGCAACACUGUAUCACGUCACAUUAACAAGAAAUUGAAAUGGCUAACGGCACAACCGACCGUUAAAUGUCCGGAUGGUUCAAUACCGGAAUUUAGCUUGCAUGGCUCGACAUACUGCUGGAGCAAUUCAGUUUGUCCAUCUCAUACAGCAUGCGUAGAAGGGAAGUGUUGCAAAACCGAUUCAUCAUAUAAUUUCCGUCAGUGUCCAGAAACAUUCUGGGAAUGCGGCAGUGGUGAAUGCGUUCCGUUAGAAACACGUUGUGACGGAUUGCAAGCGUGCAGUGAUGGAUCAGACGAAAUGCAUUGCGGUUUGAAUUUUGCUUUUUUUUAA